AUGGAAAAGCGCAAUGCUAAUAGAGAAGAUGGCCCAGAACCGCAACUCCAAGAGACUUGGAGUGAGGAAGGCGGACAAAGCGAAGAUAUCGAAGAUUCGGAGACGGCGCCUUCUAUUCUUGAGCCCGUAGAAGAGUCCCUGGCAAAAAUUGACGUCCAUACAGAUGGUGAGGACAAUGCCGAUAGUUCAAGCACUCAGAGUCCAAACUCAACCAUUGAACAGGAGCCAUCUGACCCGCAAUAUCCUGAGAACAAAUCCAGAAGCCAAGGAUCAAAUGGGGCUGAGGGUACAGAAACAGUGUUACAAACCGUUGGAAUUGACAAAUCAGCGGGAGGAAACUCUGCUUACCAGCACAAGUCGGAACGCCGCUCAAGAGCAAAAACCUUCCUGGUCGUCUUCAUGGGACACUCAGGUAGCACAGCAUUCACAACGGAGCUUCGAGCACAUUCACAGUUUGAAGUCAAGCGUCUCGAGCCGUUGGAUCACGGGGAGUACCAAAGAGACUCAAAAUUGGCGCUUCAGAAAGCUCGUGAAUUGAUGGAUCUAGGGAUUGCUAAUGGAAAGAUCCCCGGCUUUAAAAUUCGCCCGUGGCACAUAGGUAACAUGCCAGAGCAGUGGCAAAACUUUGUGAAAGAAUAUGACACUCGAAUCAUAUGGCAAUAUCGUGAGAACAUAGUCAAACAAGCCAUUGGUGAGUAUCGACACAGAUUUUUAAACGAUUCCUCCGUCGUGGAGGGUUUGAGAGCAGAUGAAGAGGUUUGCGCCAAGGACAGUGAUCAAAAGUGCAGAAUCAAAAUUGAGAACAUGAGAGGUCUGCACGGGCUCAUGAAUGACUUUUCCAGCAGUGAUGAACUGCUGGCAAGUGCAGCUCGCAAGCUACGACGGGACAAGGAUAUGAGCAUCGUGCGAUAUGAGGACUACCUCUACCACAGAGAAAGGACCAUGCACGAAACAUUCGACUUUCUAGGGGUCGACUACGAGGAAACUGCUCCGCAGCGAAAAAAGGCAAGCCCCGACAGCUUGUGUGAGAUGGUUAGCAACUUUCAAGAGGUUUGCGACCAUUUCUUGCCAUGCCAGUUGUGGAGAACCUACUUGCAUGAUCCUGUGAACAAUUGCAGAUGCAAGCCGGGAAGCUGGAAGACAUUUGACUCUACCUACUGCCGCCGGUCGGCCUGGUAUCAAUCUAAAGACUAG